CUAAAAAAAAAGGAAAAAAAAAAUCCUCAUUCUUUCCCUUCUCCCUAUAAUGCCCUUCACGACAUUGCCAUCUCUCUGUUCCUCCUCCUCCUCCGUUCUUUGCUGCGUUGCCUGCCUCUAAAUAUCAGUGACUUCAGCAUCCAGAAUAGGUGAAAAUAGCACUCACUCUCCUUGUCCUCUGCUAAGAGAAAGAGAAACCGUGAGAGAGAGAUGAGGCUUCUAACCCACAACAUGUUGUCAUCGAACAUAAAGGGAGUUAGCAACGGGUUUCCUCUUCGAAUAGAGGUAGAGAAAGUGUUGAAGAAGCAGGUGGAUUUCAACGCAGACUUCCUCCGCAACAUGUUUCCCAAGAUCGAGUGGAAGGCGUUUGUUGAUGCUGCUAGAACUAUAGGCUAUGCUGAGCUCCCCGAGGAGGUCGAUGAUUCGUCUAUACUCACAUCAGAAGAGUUCUUAAACAAGUUCCACCAUGCCCUCCUUGAGCUCCACCUUGAGGAGGGCGCGCUUGUUUGUCCUGAGACUGGUCGCCGAUUCCCUGUCAAUAAGGGUAUUCCCAACAUGCUCCUUCAUGAGGAUGAAGUUUGAAUCUUAUUUAAGUUAAUGCCCUUUUGAGAGUGUUUUAUUUUUUUGGGUGGUAUUUGGUCUUUGUAUUUAGGGGUAGUGAAAAUUAGGAUUCUUUUCUUUUGCAAUAUGUGAUGCGUUUGGAUAAGAAAAAUUUUGUUUUGAUUGUAGAUGAAUGAGAAAACAGGGUUUUGUUUCUUAGGCGUUUGUUAAUUAUGAAUUGGAGUAUUUAGUUUUCUCUCUA